GGAAGCCGUUCGGGAGGGAGCCGAGCCGUGGCGGAGGUUACUCAACCUCGGGCUUCUGCCCUGUGCAUCUGGAAAGAACAUGGACCGUCACAUCCCCGUGCAUGCUUUACCCGAAGAAAUCCAAAAGAUGCCCCGUGAUGAGACAGUCUGCAAAUACUGUGGUAUCAGUUAUUUGAUCCUUCAUGAGUUUAAAGAUAUGGAAGAAAAAAUGAAAGCAAUGGAAAAAGAGAUGAAAUUUUACCAAGGAAGUGUUGAACGUGAAAAAAAACUUCAAGAAAAACUACAGUCUCUCAGCCAAGAUUUUCAAGGGUACAAGUCUGACAGUGAAUCAAAAACAGAGAGAAUAGAAAUUCUAAGCAAGGACUUGAAAAAUCAACAGGAGGAGUUGCAGCGUGCAAAUGAAAAGCUGAAAUGUUUUGAGGAGAAGUUAGAAGUUGCCCACAAACAAGCACAACAUUUCAGCAAGACACUGGAUCAGCAUCAGUUAAUCAUGAAAGAAAUGCUUUUGCUACUUCCCAGUACUAAAAGUGAUCUAGCUAGAAUCAAAAAUGAAGUAUCUAAUGCUUUCCAGCACUGGACUUCCCUAAAAGGAGACAUUUUUCUACAACUUCAAACCAUAAGUGAAGUGGCUUUGACAGAAAUAUCAAAACUGAAGAAAUAUCUGGCAGAAUGUCAGAGUGCUAAGGUAUGCCUUGAGGACGAGGUGAAGGAUCUGAAGUUGUCAUCAGAUGUGGCCUUGAUGAAAACCCAGCAGAUUCAGACAUUGCUCCAGAAAGAAAAUGAGUUACAGAGCAAGUGUCUGGAAUUGCAAAAGGAAACAUUAGGUUUACACAGUCAAGUAGAGGCAAUUGGCCUCAAGUUUCACGAGGCAACAGCUGAGAUGGACGACUAUAAAAAACUCCUCCUGGUUAAAUCAAAGGAGAUUGCUGAGUGUCAGAGAGAACUUAAAAAACUGGAAUUUGAAACCAGAAUUUCUGAAUCACGACAUACUAGAGAACUCAAAGAAAAAGAAGGCACUUUGCUGGUUUGCCAACAAAUGUGCAAACAGUUGCAAGAAGAAGUGGCUGAAAAAGAAAGACAACAAGAGAACUUAAAAAGAAGAACCAGCUGCUCAGAAAAUGAACUGGAAAUGAUGAAAGCUCUUCUGAGUCAGACAGAGGAAGAAGUUGUAACUCUGAAAAAAGAGAGGGAGAUGCUGCUCAUUUCUCAUCAGAACAGAAUUGAAGAGCUACGGGAUAACUUCUCACAGAAGAUGAUUUAUGACUGUAGGGAGAAGAUUGAAUUUGAACUUAUUAAAGAUCGAGCCCAGCAUUCGGCUGAAUUUGAAGAGCAGAUCCUGCAAUUGAAGGAAGAAGCCAAAUUGGAACUGAACAUUGAAAAGCAAAAGCAUCAAGAAUUAAUCACCAAAUAUCAGAGGGAGCAGGAAGAACUACAAAAGAAGAUUUCCAGUUUAAUAUCAAAUGCCACCAAUGACCUAAAGCGGGAAGUAACCAUUCUAGAAAAAAAGCUCCAGGACUCUCAAGUCAAACUCGUGGAGAAAGGUGAAGCUAAAGAAAAAGAAAUUCAGAGCCUCAAAAGAGUCAUUGCAGAGUUUGAUUUGCGCCUCAAGAGGGAAAUUGACAGUGGUGAAUCCGUUCGCCAAAAUCUGAAGAGGGAAAUGAAACAAAAGACAGAUGAACUGGAAAGAGUUGCUCAGGAGCAAAUGCAGCUAAAGGAAAAAUUUAAUCAGGCUGAGGAAGAGAAAAGUUUUCUUCAGGAAACAGUGCGUAGAGAGUGUGAAGAACGCUAUGAGCUGACUGAAGCUUUGUCUCAAGCUAAGCAACAACUCCUGGAACUUAAGAAGCUCAGUGGCAGUUUCCCAUUGUCACCGUGUUCCCAAAGUCAGGGCAACCUAACCUCAUCUACUGCCGUGGUCAAUAAUCAUGGAGAGAGAAAGUUUGCAAACCUAAACUCUGGAAAAGGAAGCCAAAUCCCUGGGCUUCCCGGUGUCAAAAAGCCUUCUGAUUCAGCAGCCUCAAAUAAGCCCAGGAGCCAUGGCAGUUUAGCUCUUCCCAGUCUUCCUUCUCCCUACCCUCCUAUGAGAAGAGCCUCUUCAGACCAGGAGACCAGACGCAGGAUAGCGACCAUAGUUAGGAGGUGGAGUCAGCAAUGAUUCCCUGGAAAACAAAAGUAAAGCUGAUGUUUGAUCUUUGCAGGGCGAGAGAGCAUUAUUAGGUGAUCAUAAGCUCGGGGGCGGUUGGUGGCUUUAUAUUAUCAAAGAGUGAGAUGAGGGUGUGAAAAACUUCAUUCUAGCUUUUUGAACCAGCAUGUCAAAGUAAUCUCCAGAGAUAAAUUUUCCCAAGGGACCUCCAUCUGACCCCUGAAAUUACCCAAGGAAAUCAAGUUCCUCACAGCUAAUUUUCAUGCACAGAAAGGGUAUCUUUGAAGGAUCUCAGCCAAAAAGUUUUACUCACGAAACCUUUUCUAUUUUGUUGUCACCUUUUACGGGCAUGUGCAUUUCUAUGAAAGGGCAAUGAUUUUGUUUGCAUUUCCAG